AUGGAUUCUAGGAAGUUGAUUUUAGUUUCUGUUACAUUGGUAUGGUGUUUAGGGGUAGUUGUGCAGGGCUUCACAUAUGACGAUAAAGAGGUUGAAACGGUGGAGAGUAGGUCGGCUUUGUUUGAGAGGUGGAGGAGCCACCACAAUUUGGAAAGUAUAAGCGUGGAAGCCAAAAGGAAGCAGUACAACAACUUCUUAGCUACCCUGGAAACUGUUCAGGCAUCAAACAAGGCGAAGAAGUCAUAUAAGUUAGGGUUGAACAAGUUUUCCGGCAUGAGUAAGGAGGAGUUUAGGAGCCAGUAUACCGGACUGAAGCUUCCACUUUUCCGGCAGACCGAUCCCGAGCCUUUCAUGUAUCGUAAUUUCACUGAUAUCCCUCCCAAAAUUGAUUGGAAAGCCAAUGGUGCCCUCGGCAGAGUCAGGAAUCAACAAGGUUGCGGAUCAUGCGCACAGUUUGCUGCCUCGGAAGCACUUGAUGGAUUAAACUUCAUAAAAACGAAGAAUCUAGUAGAAGUAUCACCAAAAGAACUUCUCGACUGUGGUAAUGUCGGAGGAUGUUCAGGAUCGUUUUUUACAGCCUGUUACGAUUACGUUGCAAAGAAUGGAGGUAUAACAACCGAUAAGAACUAUCCAUACAAACCUGUACAGGAGCCUUGCAACCACCAAAAGGAAAAAGAUAUUGUAGUAGAAGUUCAUGGAUAUGAAAAUAUCCCUGCGCCAGGUACUGAGGAGAAUCUUCUUAAAAUAAUUUCAAACCAGCCUGCCUCUUGUGGCAUGUACUGGAACGAUGAGAUCGCAAGUUAUAAAGAGGGGGUUUAUGAGGGAUCGUGUGGGCCAAUACCAAUUCAUGCUGUAGCAGUGGUUGGAUUUGAUGAAACCCCUGAUGGACAAAAGUAUUGGUUAAUUAAGAACUCUUGGGGACCAGAUUGGGGAGAUAAAGGAUACAUGAAACUUAUACGUGGCAAGGGUGGGGAGGGACACUGCGGCAUAGCACAUUGGUGUGCUUAUCCUACUUUUGACGACACCGGUGGAUCACAUAAAGAGAAGGGUCCAAUGGUACACAGUAGUCACGAACUCUAG